AUAUGGCAAUGCUGAAUAUGACAUUUAAUAUCAAAGUCAAAACAAGCUCAAUGUUUUAAAAUAAUGUAAAUAAUAAAUAUUAUCGAAUUGUUAUCUUAAUUUACUAAAAGCGAAAAUAUUUUCAUAUUCUCUAAUUAUAUUUCAAAUGAGUAUUUUUUUAUCAAUCACAAUUUAGUGACGUGCACUUCACUUAUUCAAAUGAAUCAUGUUGGAGGGACUAGGACUAUUACUAUUAACGGGGGUGCUGUGGGGAUGCACUAACCCUUUUAUCCGCCAGGGCACGAAGGGCCUGCGAUCGGUUCGUGCUAAUUCUAAGCUCGGACAGGCCUACGCCGAAGUUGUGUUUUUACUGUCAAAUUGGAGGUACGUGGUCCCGUGGCUGGUGAACCAAGCUGGCUCGCUGAUAUACCUCGCUGCGGUUCAGCGCAUGCCGCUGUCAAUCGCGGUGCCCGCUGCGAACAGUCUAGCGUUCGCGUUCACAGCGCUGACGGGCGCCGCGGUCGGCAGUGAGGAGCCGCUGGACAUGGUGGCAAUACUCGGCGUCGUGUUAAUCGUUGCUGGAACAUUCCUUUGUUGCAUGGACAACGCCGGGUAGACCACACUCUUCCACACUCUUCUAUGGGGAUUAGAUAAUUUCAACUAUUUAUUAACCAAACAAAACAACAAUUAUAAAACAAUUAUAAAAUAAAUAUUACUUAGUAAAGAUACGAUACGAUGACUCAGAAAAAAAUCGAAAAACAGACUUAAAAUGGUGAAGGAAAACAUCGUGAGGAAACCGGCUUAUCCAAGAAUCAAAAGUUCGACGACAUGUGACAUCUGCCAACCCGCACUUGGCCAGCGCGGUGGAUUAUGGCCUGAACCCUCAUAGGAGGCCUGUGUCCCAGAAGUGGGAAUAUAUAUCUCUUUCAUUCUUUUCUGUCUAAUGCCGUGCUAGAACUUAAUAAUCAUAUAGCUUAUUUAGCACUCUAAAAGGUUCAAAGAGUCUAGAAGAUUAUUCCAUCUAUAAGCAUUUAAAUUUGACUACGCUUGUUCUAAUACAUACCCCUCCCUUGUGUUAUUAAAUAUGUAGUACCUGGAUGACCGAGCUUUGUUCGGUUUAACUUCGAGAAGUUAGAUUGUUUAUAAGCGUUUUUUCCAAGAUCGUUUAGGCAUUUUUAAGUGAACACGUGCAUUAAGAGAAAGAAGAAGCAAACGCUCAUUGACUUCGUUACUUAACAACGCCAUCUGCUGGAACUUUAAUUAUUCGCCAAAAAAUAGUAUUAGUAUUACUAUUCGCCAAUAGAUGUCAGGAAGAAAAAAUUGUAUUAGUAUUAUUAUUCGCC